AUGUUGUGGGAUCCGGAUAUGGAUAAUAGCGAUUACUACGUCUGCACAAUCGAUCCAAUUCCGCAAGGGAUCAUUGAUUUAAGGCUAUCACGGUUGUUACCCCAUGUGUGUCCAUUCCUAGGAAGUAUUCCCCGCACGACGUGGGGAUCUUCUUCCCUCUAGUUCUAGUAAGUAUGCUCAUCACUUCAUCAUCGCUAUCUUCUAACUAAUCCUAGUAAUGCUAAAGUGAAGAAGAUACUAUAGCUAGGAAGUACUACUAGAUGAGAGAUCUUCAUGAAAUUGAGAGUAAAUAAUGGUCCAGCACAAGAACUCCUCUAAGAGAUUCGUUGCAAGGCAGUAACAACUACUUCUCUUCGAAGACGGGCGAAGAAUUCAAUGGCACAAACUCUUCUAGCUCGACGUCAAUGAUGUACAGGAAGCACAAAGUGAACGGCCAACUACAUGGAGAUGUUGUACUGGUAAGGAAACAUCAGAGAAGUAGGACGGGUAGCACUAGCAGUAGGACGACCAAGAGGGCGUCGAGGACGCAAAGACAAAAGCUGUCUUUUUCUGUUCAACAACAGGAGCAGGAGAACUUUGCAUCUGCUAGCACUGAUGCAGACCAAGACCAGCAGCCACUUCCUCUUCCGUCUAGAAGUAGAAGAGCGCAUCUCCACGACGAGCCAUCUUCAUCUGCGAGAGGUUUCAGUCUAGCUGAAACCAAGCGAAGUGCGCGAUUGAGAAGCACAGAUGAAGAGGACGACGUCGAUCUGCUACGACUUCAGCAGAGUGUAGAACAGCUAGAAGGAGGUCGUAGAAGAACUCCAGGAUUGGAUGAGGAGGAGGACGAUGAGGACCUUCUGGAGAGCCUUCAAAGAAUAGACGAUGAAGAUGAUCCUCUAGCACGUAACCAGAACUUUUACUACAUGAGGAAUAGCAAGAGCAGGACGACAGGCGCAGGCCGUUCAUCUGCUCGAGGAACAUCUUCUAGCCGUCGUGGGUCAAGAAUACCUCACAGAACAAGGGCAUUCCUAGACGAGCGCCAGCUAGGAAGUGAUCGUCUAGAAGGAAAUGACGUAGAUACAACCGAUAGAAGUACAACUUCCGAGGACUACGAGACCUUCAUGUCGGCAGUAGAGGGAUUGAGUGGCGAAGAGAAGAGACAGGGCGCUUCAGCGGGUGGAUUUUUGAUGUCGUAGAAGAAGAAGACUAUCAUUAGGAUAGUACUUAGAUCUUUUAGGUUAGAAGUUAGAGUUUCAGUUUGUUUUCCAUUUGUCUUUCCAAUAUUAACAGAUUGAUCGUGAAGGAGGAUAGAAAGAGUCAUUUUGACAAUUUUCAGAUAAGACACCAUCGACAUUCAUCGAGUUCAGACUCGUUACAGUUACAGUUUCAAUGCGUAAGCUUGAAGGCUUAAAACUAUUAAAAAGGAAAAUCGAUUUCAAUUAUUAGCGACUAGAGUUAAGCAAGCAGAAGCACACCGACCACGACAAGCAGGUUAUUUUAUAUAAACAUCGAUUUCAGAUCAAGUACAAGUUAAAGAUCACAAGCACAGGCAAGGGAUAGACACCCUAAGGGGUCGCACAUUUUCUCAAUUAUUUUGUAGGUACUGUUAAUGUAAAUAUAACUAUCACAAGUUUCGCUAUUCAAGCAAAGAGAAGCCCCGAGCUUGUUACGUGUAAAGUUCUUUAUGCAUAGUUGAUUUCCAUUUCCAAGAACCAUCACGACCAUCACCAUAGUAAAGUCAUUUUGUUUUUAUGCUUUGAAUAGUAGUAUGGGACACAUCCUCCUCUUUAUCAUCAUAGAAUCUUCAAUAUAGACCGCUGGAUCUGUAUAGAUUUUGUACAGCUGCUGUACAUAAACGGAGUUUACAUCAAGUAGUUACAACACGAGCUCCUCCUCAUGUUUUUUUCUUCAUAUUAAUUUGAACAAUCAAAUGUCUAGUUCAUAUUCGGCAUGCUUUUUCUAUUUCUUUUAGUCUUUUGUCACAAUUCAGAUGAUCAACACCAACAUUCCAAUGCGAAAUUGCAUUUACGGUGAUGAACAAGAAUGCAAGGAUUUGAGUUACACGAAAAGUAAAGACGGAAGAAAGAUUCAUCCCGGCUACGUCAGGUUCCACCUUCAGUCUUGAGGAUGGAUAUCUUGUCCACUCUAAUAUUGCAGCAGAUAGUAACCAAG